CCCCGCCCCGUCCCUUCUCGCCUGGUCCGUAACUCCCCUCCUGCGGCGCCCUUGGCUUAGAGAGCGUUGGACUUGCCUGCCGAGGUCAUGGACUCGCCGCUGCAGUUCCACGGGCGCGUCGUGCUGAUCACCGGCGCGGGGAGAGGAUUGGGCCGAGUCUAUGCCCUGGCUUUUGCAGAAAGAGGAGCAUCAGUUAUUGGAUCCUGGCUGAAGGCAUGGUUUGCAUAUAUCUGAAGUGGCUACUGAAAAUUGAAUAGUUUUGAACUUUCCUCAGAAGGAGAAAGAUCAGAAGAAAGCACGUGUGGAUUCCAGCUCACAAUGAAUGAGCCAUAUGUGCAACAUCCACAUCUCCCCUCAGUGUCUUCAUGAUGAUCACCAACACAGGUUACGGGGGAAACCUUUGAAUUACUGUUACUAUUUAUCACUUUUAAAGCCUAAUUUUAAAAAAAUGUCAUAAAGUUAAUGGACAUAGCAUCAGUUGGAUUCAUUUAUUCGUCCAAAAAAGUAUUUCUUGAGUGUCUGUUAUGUGGUAUGUACUGUUCUGGGUGCUAGAAGAUUACAGUGGGAAUUAGACCAGAUCCUUACUUUUAUGGAACUUUUAGGGGGGACAGUAGAGAGACCAUAAAAUAUGUAUUAUUUAAAAUGUAAUAGGAAUGCUAUGGAGAAAAAGUUAGAAUGAGCAGGUUAGAAAAUGCUGAAGGAUGACUUGAGCAAGACCUGCAGGAAGUGAAGGAGUGUACCUAGAGAUCUGGAGCCUGAGAGUUUCUGACCAAAAGAACAGCUGAAGUAGGAGCUGACUUGGUGUGUUUCAUACCAAGAAGGCCCUUGUGGAAAAAGCCCUUGUGGAUAAGGCGCUUGUGGCUGGCCAGCAUGAGGUCAGGUCAGUGAAGGGAACCAAAGCAAGAUGAGAGGAAAGAGAUUGCAGGAGCUUUGAAUAAUGGUAUUCCUGCCAAAAUUCAUAUGGAAACUUAAUCCCCACUGUAACAGUAUUAGGAGGUGCAGCCUUUGGAGGGAAUUAGCACCUGCAUAAAAGGAUCAAGGUUGAAUCACCUUCUUGCCCUUUCUUUCAUUCUGCUAUGUGAGGUAACAGCAUUUCUCCACUCUGGAGCAUGUGGCAACAAGGCUGCAUCUUGGAAGCAGAGAACAGCCGUCACCAACAAUAAUUUUUGGACAUCCCAAUCUAUGAAUGAAUGAUUUAGGAGGGGAUUUCAAGGGAGUUGGUAAAGGCUCCUUAGCAGCUGAUAAAGUUGUUGAAGAAAUAAGAAGGAAAGGUGGAAAAGCAGUGGCCAACUAUGAUUCAGUGGAAGCGGGAGAGAAGGUUGUGAAGGAAGCACUGGAUGCUUUUGGUAGAAUAGAUGUUGUGGUCAACAAUGCUGGAAUUCUGAGGGACCGUUCCUUUAGUAGGACAAGUGAUGAAGACUGGGAUCUGGUCCACAGGGUUCAUUUGCGUGGCUCAUUUCAAGUGACCCGGGCAGCGUGGGAUCAUAUGAAGAAACAGAACUAUGGCAGGAUCAUUAUGACUUCAUCAGCUGCAGGAAUAUAUGGCAACUUUGGCCAGGCAAAUUAUAGUGCUGCAAAGCUGGGUCUUUUGGGGCUUGCAAAUACUCUUGCGAUUGAAGGCAGAAAGAACAACAUUCACUGUAACACUAUUGCUCCCAGUGCUGGGUCACGGAUGACUGAGACUGUUCUGCCAGAAGAUCUUGUUCAAGCCCUAAAGCCAGAGUAUGUGGCACCCCUGGUCCUUUGGCUUUGUCAUGAGAGUUGUGAGGAAAAUGGUGGCUUGUUUGAGGUUGGAGGAGGAUGGAUUGGAAAAUUACGCUGGGAGCGGACCCUGGGAGCUGUUGUCAGACAAAAGAACCAGUCAGUAACUCCUGAAGCAGUGAAGGCUAACUGGAAGAAGAUCUGUGACUUUGAUAAUGCCAGCAAGCCUCAGAGUGUCCAAGAAUCGACUGGCAGUAUAAUUGAAGUUUUACAUAAAUUGGAUUCAGAAGAGGAAAUUUCACCAAAUCCCACCAGUCAUGCAACAUCUACAGCCUCACCAGGAUUUGCUAGCGCUAUUGGCUAUAAACUUCCUUCAUAUUUUUCUGCUUAUACGGAACUGGACACUAUUAUGUAUGCCCUUGGAGUGGGAGCAUCAUUGAAAGAUCCAAAAGAUUUGAAAUUUCUCUAUGAAGGAAGUUCUGAUUUCUCCUGUUUGCCUACCUUUGGAGUUAUCGUAGCUCAGAAAUCUAUGACCAGUGGAGGAUUAGCAGAAAUUCCUGGACUUCCAAUCAACUUUGCAAAGGUUCUUCAUGGGGAACAAUACUUGCAGAUAUAUAAACUAUUUCCUAGAGCAGGAGAAUUAAAAUCUGAAGCAGUUAUUGCUGAUAUCCUAGAUAAAGGAUCUGGCUUAGUAAUUAUUUUGGAUGUCCAUUCUUAUUCUGGGAAGGAACUUAUAUGCUAUAGUCAGUAUUCUCUGUUUCUUGUUGGCUCUGGAGGCUUUGGUGGAAAACGGACAUCUGAAAAAGUCAAGGUGGCUGUAGCCAUCCCUAGUAGACCUCCUGAUGCUGUGAUUACAGAUAACACCUCACUCAAUCAGGCUGCUUUGUACCGCCUCAGUGGGGACUGGAAUCCUUUACACAUUGACCCUAACUUUGCAAGCCUUGCAGGUUUUGAGAAGCCCAUAUUACAUGGAUUAUGCACCUUUGGAUUUUCUGCCAGGCAUGUUUUACAGCAGUUUGCAGAUAAUGAUGUGUCAAGGUUCAAGGCAAUUAAGGCUCGUUUUGCAAAACCAGUAUAUCCAGGACAAACUGUACGAACUGAGAUGUGGAAGGAAGAUAAUAGAAUUCAUUUUCAAACCAAGAUUCAAGAAACUGGAGAUAUUGUCAUUUCAAAUGCGUAUGUAGAUCUUCUACCACCAUCUCGUAUUUCAGCUAAGACACACCCUGAGAGUGGGGAACUGCAGAGUACUUUUGUAUUUGAGGAAAUAAAUCGUCGACUUAAGGAUGUCGGAAAGGAGGUGGUAAAGAAAGUAAAUGCUAUAUUUGAAUGGCAUAUUACUAAAGGUGGAAGUAUUGCAGCUAAGUGGACUAUUGAUCUGAAAAAUGAUUCUGGAAAAGUGUACCAAGGUCCUGCAGAAGGCUCUGCUGAUACAACCAUCAUAAUUUCAGAUGAAGAUUUCAUGGAGGUAGUCCUGGGCAAGCUUGACCCUCAGAAGGCAUUCUUCAGUGGCAGACUGAAGGCCAGAGGGAACAUCAUGCUGAGUCAGAAGCUUCAGAUGAUUCUUAAAGACUAUUCCAAGCUCUGAAGGACAUACUACACUGCUAGUGAAAAAUAGAAUACUCUACACAAAUACGCUUGAUGAUUCUGCAAAAGUGAUCCAAACUAAGAUACAGGAGAAAUUGCUUACAUUUUCGGAUUUCAAAUAACUUCAGAUUUUCAUUUUCUACUAUUUUUCGUAAUUAUUUUUGCAAGGAACUGUAAGCUAGUACAUAAUUAUCCUCUGUUCUUAGAUCUAAAAUCAUAAUAAAAAGUUUUCAUCCAAGUCCAAUUUCUAUAGAAUUCAUGAUAACACUGAUAAGUUAACAGGAAAAUUAAAUGAAUAAAAGCCACUUUGGCACAUUUUACACUUC